GAUUAUUAUCUUUCUUACACACAAACAAACACCAUUACAGAUAUGGCUUCCACUUCCAACACUCUUCUUCUUCUUCAUUCGGGGUUAUCUCACAAUCAAUCUCCGCUACUCCUUCGCCAGAUCUCCGGCACUUCGCUCACCUUCUCACCUGACCGAUUUCUCCCCCCUCUCUCUCAUCCUUGUCGUCGUACAGGAGUCCCUGUGAUUACAUGUACUGCGGGGACGCCAGUGGCUGCUAAUCUGGCCCCAGGAACCCCAGUGAGAGCAACAAGCAUAAUGGUGAUUGGAGCUACAGGAACUUUAGGACGUCAGGUGGUUAGGCGGGCCCUGGAUGAGGGUUACGAUGUGCGAUGCCUUGUCCGACCUAGACCCGCCCCUGCUGACUUUCUUCGUGAUUGGGGCGCUACUGUUGUCAAUGGAGACUUAACCAAACCCGAAACAAUUCCUGCAACACUGGUUGGAGUUCACACGAUUAUUGAUUGUGCCACUGGGCGUCCAGAGGAGCCCAUAAAAACCGUAGACUGGGAAGGAAAGGUUGCUCUCAUACAGUGUGCAAAAGCUAUGGGAAUCCAAAAGUAUGUAUUUUUCUCUAUUCACAAUUGCGACAAGCAUCCCGAAGUUCCAUUGAUGGAGAUCAAGUAUUGUACCGAGAAGUAUCUUCAAGAGUCCGGCAUCAACCAUGUUGUCAUUCGUUUAUGUGGUUUCAUGCAGGGGCUCAUCGGGCAGUACGCCGUUCCUAUACUAGAAGAAAAAUCUGUAUGGGGAACCGACGCCCCAACAAGAAUAGCUUAUAUGGACACUCAGGAUAUAGCACGUUUAACAUUUAUUGCAAUACGAAGUGAAAACGUUAACGGGAAACUACUUACAUUUGCGGGGCCACGUGCAUGGACAACCCAAGAGGUGAUUACAUUGUGUGAGAGACUAGCUGGACAAGAUGCAAAUGUGACUACAGUUCCGGUCUCUGUUCUGAAAUUUACUCGCCAGCUAACUCGUUGUUUUGAGUGGACAAACGAUGUUGCAGACCGAUUGGCAUUUUCAGAGAUUUUGACAAGUGAUACGGUAUUUUCGGUGCCGAUGAACGAGACAUAUGAGCUUCUGGGUGUGGAUCAGAAAGAUAUCCUUACAUUGGAGAAGUAUUUGCAGGAUUACUUCACAAAUAUAUUGAAGAAGUUGAAGGACCUUAAGGCCCAAUCCAAGCAAAGUGACUUCUACAUUUAAAAAGUGCUUGUACAUGCAGCUUUAUUAUUUGAAUCAUCUUGUAACCAACAAUAAAAGCAAAAGGUUUCAUCUUCUUUUUUUUUUAUGUAAAUUUAUUCCCCUAGGCCCAUGCAAUAUACAACAUGUGGAGAUAAAAAGACCCCUUCGGAACAAA